CGUGUGCGCGUGCGUUGCUUGCACUUCCGGCUGAGGCGAGCGCAACCUCUGGAAGUGUUGGGCCACCGCAUGAGGAGCUCUCGCGUCCCUAAGGCAGUCAGUUAUUCACUCCUGCCCGGUAUACCACCUGUAUCCGUACGGGGUACCCUGGAGCUGGCGCUGGGAAGAGAGCGGGAACCGCCUGGGCCUGGUGCACCUUUCGCGUCUUGCGUUCCCUGACUGGCUCUCAUCCAGCUGCGCCGAAAGGGGCAAGGGAUCAGGGUUGGGGAGAAGAUCCAGGUGAAGUUUCUCUGCAGAUCCAGCGCCGUUAAACCUUUCGAGCGCACAGUUUUUUAAAAAUGAAGAAAUUAAGGCUUAAGGAACUAGAAAGUCGCCUGCAACAAGUGGAUGGAUUCGAAAAGCCCAAGCUACUUCUAGAACAGUAUCCAACCAGGCCGCACAUCGCAGCAUGUAUGCUCUAUACAAUCCACAAUACAUAUGAUGACAUUGAAAAUAAAAUGGUUGCAGAUCUAGGAUGUGGCUGUGGAGUGCUUAGCAUCGGAACUGCAAUGCUAGGAGCAGGGUUGUGUGUUGGAUUUGACAUAGAUGAAGAUGCGUUGGAAAUAUUUAAUAGGAAUGUAGAAGAGUUUGAGUUAACAAAUGUUGACAUGGUUCAGUGUGACGUGUGCUCAUUAUCUAACAAAAUGUCCAAGUCAUUUGAUACAGUAAUUAUGAAUCCUCCCUUUGGGACCAAAAAUAAUAAAGGGACAGAUAUAGCAUUUCUGAAGACUGCCUUGGAAAUGGCAAGAACAGCAGUAUAUUCUUUACACAAAUCCUCAACAAGAGAAAGCUGCGAUAUGACCUGCCAGCAUCAUACACGUUUCAUAAAAAAAAAUCAGUAAGUCUCUUGAUUCUGGUUUGUCUACAUUCAGUACUGAAAAACUUUGCAAUAAGUAAUUAUUUCUAACAUUAUUAAGUUGCUUGAGUAAAUACAGAAAGCCAGCCUGGAAGAUAGAAUACUUUCUCAAAUGCUUUGGGAACGAAAAUAAAAAAAUCAACUGUUUAUUUUUAUGCAGUAUACAUUUUAUUACUUUGUACUAAUACAUUCUCAUAUUACAAAGGCAAUUUAGUGGAAGAAUGUUCCUUUUGAUUUGAAUCAUCUGAAAAAACACAAACGGAACUACACAUUUAAAAAAAAUACUCAUUUGCAUAACAAAAAGACAAGUUAAACAACAACCAAAAAAAUCUUUCUUACAGGUGGACAUUGAAGUGGACCUAAUUCGGUUUUCUUUCUUAAAGCCUUCAGACAAAAGCAGCUUAAAAUCUAAUUAAAAUGAAUAAAAAAAAUUUUUGUUUACUAAA